GGCACUCUUAUCAGCGUUUCUAAUCCGUCCAAAGUCCUGGACUACGAGAUUCUUAGUCGCAAAUGUUCUGUUUGUUGUGGUCUGUUAGGUAACAAGAAAGUUUCUCACCUUUUACAGUAGUUUGUUUCACCUCUACCUUUUCAAUUCUUUAAGUAUAAAAGAAAACGAUGGCGAAAAGUAUAAGGAAUUACUUGAUGAACAUUUAAAAAGCCGAUGUGAAGCCGACUAUGAGGGUUCUGCCGGAGGAACGGAAAGCACAGCAAUAGUGAAAAUCUUUUGUCGCUCGGAAGAAAGGCAUCAACUACGGUAUUUACAAUACGUAGCUGAUGGUGACACGAAAACCGAUGUCUCGAUUGUUGAAGCUGAACCGUAUGGAGACAAUGUUAUUAUUGAUAGAAAACAAUGCAUAAAUCAUUUUUCAAAACGUAUGCAUAAUCGACUAGCAACAAUAAAACGACAAUAA